GGCUGGUACUCUCUGUCUUACCACGGUUUGUAGUCCUGGAAAUGAUAAAUGAUAUGACCAAUGUAGAAGAUGAACAUUUGCAACACCAGUUUCAUAAGAUCUACAUUCAUCGUUAUGAGAAUGUCAGCAUUCUUUUCGCAGAUGUUAAAGGAUUUACCAACCUCUCCACAACUCUGUCAGCCCAGGAACUGGUCCGAAUGCUGAAUGAACUCUUUGCCAGAUUUGAUCGACUAGCACAUGAACAUCAUUGUCUCAGAAUAAAGAUCCUGGGGGACUGUUACUACUGCGUGUCGGGGCUUCCAGAACCUCGCCAGGACCAUGCUCACUGCUGUGUUGAAAUGGGGCUCAGCAUGAUCAAAACUAUCAGAUACGUUAGGUCAAGAACGAAGCAUGACAUUGACAUGAGAAUAGGGAUACAUUCAGGAUCAGUUCUGUGUGGAGUGCUGGGCCUGCGAAAGUGGCAGUUUGAUGUCUGGUCAUGGGACGUGGAUAUUGCAAACAAACUCGAGUCCGGUGGAAUUCCUGGGAGAAUUCACAUCUCCAAAGCCACUCUGGACUGUCUGAACGGGGAUUAUAAAGUUGAAGAAGGGCAUGGCAAAGAGCGUAAUGAAUUCUUGAGGAAACAUAACAUUGAGACUUAUUUAAUUAAACAACCUGAGGAGAGUCUGUUGACUUUGCCUGAAGAUAUUGUGAAAGAGGCUGUCAGCUCCUCUGACAGGAGAAACAGUGGAGCAACGUUUACCGAAGGAUCCUGGAGCCCUGAACUUCCAUUUGAUAACAUAGUGGGAAAACAGAACACUCUGGCUGCCCUAACAAGAAAUUCAAUAAAUCUGCUUCCAAACCAUCUUGCACAAGCUUUGCAUGUCCAGUCUGGGCCUGAGGAAAUUAACAAGCGAAUAGAGCACACCAUCGACUUACGGAGUGGCGAUAAAUUGAGAAGAGAGCAUAUCAAGCCUUUUUCACUGAUGUUUAAAGACUCCAGCCUGGAGCAUAAGUAUUCUCAAAUGCGGGAUGAAGUAUUCAAAUCAAACUUGGUGUGCGCAUUUAUUGUUCUUGUAUUUAUCACCGCUAUCCAAAGCUUGCUUCCUUCUUCCAGGGUGAUACCAAUGGUCAUUCAGUUUUCUAUUCUGAUUAUGCUGCACUCCGCUCUUGUGCUAAUCACUACGGCAGAAGAUUACAAAUGUUUACCCUUAAUGCUCCGGAAAACUUGCUGCUGGAUUAAUGAGACCUACCUGGCCAGGAAUGUCAUUAUAUUUGCAUCCAUUCUGAUUAAUUUUCUUGGAGCCAUCAUCAAUAUUCUAUGGUGUGAUUUUGACAAACCAGUAGCCCUGAAGAACCAGACGUUCAAUUCAUCUGCAUCUUUUACGGACAUCUGUUCCUAUCCUGAGUAUUUUGUCUUCACUGGUGUGCUGGCAAUGGUGACUUGUGCAGUUUUUCUUCGUCUCAACUCCGUCCUGAAGCUGGCAGUACUUCUCAUCAUGAUUGCGAUCUAUUCUCUGCUGACUGAGACCAUUUAUGCUUCCCUUUUUCUGCAAUAUGACAACUUUAACCACAAUGGAGACACAGACUUCCUGGGUACAAAGGAGGCAUCUUUACUACUGAUGGCAAUGUUCCUUUUAGCCGUGUUUUAUCAUGGUCAACAGCUUGAAUACACGGCAAGGCUGGAUUUUCUGUGGCGUGUUCAAGCAAAAGAAGAAAUCAAUGAAAUGAAGGAGUUGAGGGAGCAUAAUGAAAAUAUGCUACGGAAUAUUUUACCCAGUCAUGUUGCUCGUCACUUCCUGGAGAAGGAUCGGGAUAACGAAGAGUUAUACUCUCAGUCCUAUGAUGCUGUUGGUGUGAUGUUUGCUUCUAUUCCUGGAUUUGCUGACUUCUAUUCCCAGACCGAGAUGAAUAACCAAGGAGUAGAAUGUCUGCGCCUGCUGAAUGAAAUCAUUGCAGACUUUGAUGAGUUACUAGGUGAAGAGAGAUUUCAAGACAUAGAAAAAAUUAAAACGAUUGGCAGCACAUACAUGGCCGUGUCAGGAUUAUCACCUGAAAAACAGCAAUGUGAAGACAAAUGGGGGCAUUUGUGUGCCCUGGCUGACUUCUCCAUAGCUCUGAAUGAAAGCAUACAAGAGAUCAACAAGCAUUCGUUUAACAACUUUGAACUCCGUAUUGGGAUUAGCCAUGGCUCUGUUGUAGCGGGAGUUAUCGGUGCUAAGAAACCCCAAUAUGAUAUCUGGGGCAAAACGGUUAAUUUAGCAAGUCGAAUGGACAGCACAGGUGUUAGCGACAGAAUACAAGUGCCUGAAGAAACGUAUCUGAUCCUGAAGGACCGGGGAUUUGCCUUUGACUACCGAGGAGAGAUUUAUGUCAAAGGUAUCAGUGAACAGGAAGGAAAAAUCAAAACAUAUUUUCUUCUAGGAAGAGUUCAACCAAAUCCUUUAAUCUUACAACCAAGAAAACUGACUGGACAGUAUUCAUUAGCGGCUGUUGUAUUAGGACUUGUACAGUCUCUUAACCGGCAAAAACAGAAGCAAAUCCUUAAUGAGAACAAUAACUCUGGAAUCAUUAAAGGACAUUAUAACCGGAGGACUUUGCUCACUCCCGGUGGAUCUGAGGCGGCAGCCCAGGCAGAGGGGGCUGACAAAACUGAAUUGCCAUAAUCAGCAUUUUGUUUGUGUUCUUUUUUUUGUAUUUCUUUUAUAUAUAAAAAUAAAUAUACAAAUAAAAAGGGUUUAAUUUUUUUUA